AUGUUUAUAGGGCAAUCCGUCUAUCCGCCGGUUUCCACACCCGCCCAAUGGACACAACCAUCUAUCCCGCCCCCAGCUUUACCAGAAACGCACUCUCCUCCUACUUCUGACUCUCAGGCAAAGCGUCCUCUAAAUGCCUUUAUGCUAUAUUCGAGAGAAAUGCGAAUUAGGAUUCGCCAGGAAAACCCGAGCAUGUCCAAUACAGAUAUUAGUACUCUGUUGGGCAAACUAUGGAAAGAAGUACCAAACGAUAUCAAAUUGCAAUUCAAGCAUCGGAGUGCUAAAAUGCAGGAAAUCUUUAAGGCCGAACACCCGGAUUAUACUUACAAAAAAGCAAGAAGGAAACGUGCUCUGAAUGAUUUAAUUGCGAAAAAUCCUAACGGUAUAACACCAUCUAUGUUAUCUCCUGAGCCCGCAAUUCCUAAGAGUGUUCCAAUAAAUUCUUUUCCUUCACCAAUUCCUCAACAAUCUCCGCAACCAUAUAAUCAAAACAAUGGUAUCCUAAAUCAGCCCCAGAACAUUCCCAAAAUCCAAUUGCAACCAUUGUUGCAACCUCAACCUGUCUCUCAGCCUCCAAUUCAAUAUCCUUACCAGUUUCAACCUCAGAUUCCAACAUUUUCAAUUCCUCAAACGCAAUAUAUACCUGUUCAACCAGAAUUGAUUCCAUAUGGUGGAAUCUCAGGAAUAAGUCAACCUAUGUAUGGAAUGAUGCCAAACCCAAUUUAG